CUUCCCUUUAAAAUCUUAAUCUCUUCUUCAUCAAAACACAACUAAAUAAAAUAGCAGGGAAACGAACAAGCUAGCAAGAAAGCAACUUCUUUUUAAGAACGGAAGCAACUCUGAUCCAGCAAAUUGAAGAUGGGUAAUUGUUGUAAACGUGAAUCAUCUAUGUCAUGGGGUGGUGAUGAUUGGGAUUGUUUUGAAUCGGAAAGUGCGAAAGAAACACACCGGUGCAGUGGAAAAACGAACCAGAAGGCAGAUACUAAGAAAGAAGACAAGAAUUUGUUUACGUGCGAGACCAGUAAGUGUCAUAAGAAUGUUAUGAGUCCAUCUACAGAAGUUAAGAUUAGGAUUACAAAGAAAGAAUUGGAAGAAUUGCUUGGGAAAAUUGAUGUACAAGGCUUAUCUAUGGAGCAAAUUCUUACUCAAUUAAUCAAAACUCAUGAAGAUCAUCAGUCUUGGAGACCGGCUUUAUCGAGUAUCCCUGAAGUGAAUUAAUUGAUAGGUCAUCUUCAUCGUCUAUCAUGACAUAUAUGCACAGUUCUUUAAUGUCGUUGGAGUUGAUGAGGAUAGGAAAAACAAAUACGUUGUAGUGUUCUGUUCUAGUUGUACAUAAAAAUCAUGAUUAGAGGUUUUGCCAAAUAAAAAAAAAAAAAAAAAAAAACAGCAGCAAAGUUUUGUUAGAACUUGUUCUAUGAUUAA